ACGGAAUACUCCGCAUAUGACUAGGCGCUCCACCUUACUGGCCUCCAACCGGUUGGCCCCCAACACAUUUGUCAGACAUGGCAUUUGAAUCAUGCAUAAUAAGCCGCCCCAGAUUCGCAAGACGCGUCCCACAUCAGCUGGAGUUCGUUCCACUGCCCGAUCUAUUCCGCCGUCAGACUAAACGGAUUCGAGAUGGGCGCAGAGCAAAGUCGACAAUUGGGACAGUCACUCCUGGACUGGGGCAACGCCUCCAGGCAUGGAGCGCCGCCGGGGGAAGGGAUCCUCCCGGUUCUUGAAUCUAUGUGGCAACAGCUGGACUGCGAAUUCAAAGAGAGCUUGCUGAAGCGUCUACGGCUCAUAGUUGUGCCAGACAGGUUUGACGGUGCUGGGACCGUGAUGGUCAAUAGCAUAGUCAAAGAAGGCCAUCAUCUUUGGACCGUGCGGCCUGAGGCGUUUUUUGGCGAUGAACUCUCCAAGCCCUCUCUGCAAGAAGCUGCACAGUGUUUGGACAAUCAAAAAGGCCAAGCUGAAUACCAGCAACGUUUCCUCCACAUGGCAAUGGCUUAUGUGAGAGGGACGCAUGGCUAUAAGAUAGCCGAGUCCGACAAACACCGUGUCUAUGAAGGAAAGCGGAACGCGGUGCUUGCCUCUAAAUUCACGCUUGGUGCGCCUUUGGUCAUCAAUAUCGCACGUUCGACCCUACGAAAGUUGCCUGUUGAAGAAAACAACGGAACCCAUCAGAAAGUGAUGUGUCAGCUGAAGGGCCAAAACGCUCUGCAUGUUGCUCUGCCGUAUCAUGACACGGGCUUGGCUCUCUGGAACUAUCUAGUGAACCACAGGCUUGUUCGCGAAGCUGUCAAUAUUGACAAAGAACGGCAAAUGAUGGAGAGGGGGGAUUUGUGGGCAAAAUUGUCUUCGCAAUGCCCUCCACCAUCUCAACUCGCUAUGUCUCUUCAGACUCUCGACCAGGUUGCACCAUCCGCAUUAUCUGAUGACUACACCUCUUUUGCCACGCCACAAUCAACCAGGCCCUACUCUUCCCCGGCACAGCUUUCCCUUCCAAUGGCAAGCCCGUCGCCUGCUGCAAGCCUUUCCCUAAUACAAGGGAGCUCAGCCACGGUCCCUCAACAUUUGGGCCUGCACGUCUCGCUAGACAGCCGUGCUCUCGAGUCGAAUGCUAGUUUUGGUCUUCUACAAAGAUUGCGCUUUGUCUCGGGAUUAAUAUGAACACCCCCGGCUGCCAGACGAUGUGUUCUUUAUUGUUGUCGCUGUGUGCCUGGUAGACUAUCAGUGGGGAUAGAUGAUGAACCUCCUUGUGGCUCAUCGGGCCAACAGGAUCUGUACUGGACGGGGCGGGUUUCAAAGGUAGUGGGAUGUACACAUUGACUGC